UUUUCCCAGGAUAUUAGAUCUUACUUUGCAUCAGUCUCAACUUCUCAGAAGAAGAAUAACAGCGUGUCUGUUACUCCAAAACGUCAAAAACGAUGCAUAAUCUCAUCAGAAGAGGAUGAAGAAAAGCCAAAGCCAUCUACGAAACGUUCUAAGGUUAUACGAAAGACAAAAAAGGUUUCUGCUUUGUCAGAUUCUGAUGACGAUGUAAUAAUAAAAAAUGAUAAAGAUUCUAAUUAUUCUAAAACAAGUAAUAAAAGCAAGAGUGAGAAGCUACGGAAAGAAAUCUCUUUUAAUGAAUUAUUUGAGAAGAAGCCAAUAUCAAGGAUAGAAGAGACAAAAGUCAAUCGAAAGUUGCAGAAAAUGGAAUCUGAAUUUCACAAUGAUGAGGAUUUUGACGCUGUGCUUAAACAGUUAAAUACUUCUCAAUGUACCAGGGUGGAGGAUAUGAAGAAAGAUAAAAGUUCCAAAAAUGCAAAUAUUUCCAAAAAAUCAGAAAAAGUUGAAAUUAAAAUAGAAGAUUCUAAUAAGGAUAAAGAUAUUUCGAAAGAUACUCAUAAUAAAAUUAAUAAAACAAAUAAAUUACAAACUGAGGAGGUGAAAAUAUUUCCUAACAAAAAUGAUAUACAUUCGAAAGUUGUUAUAAGUUCUCCUUCAAAACAGAAAUUACAAAAAAGACAAAAAGAUAAUUUUGAUGAAGUCUUAGAUACAAAGAAUAAAUAUAAUAAUAAGCCUUCUAAACAAUUAAACUUUGACAAAAUGAAAUUGAAAAAUAAUUCAGCAUCUGUAUCAUCAAAGGAUAAAGAUGUAGAAAAAUCAUUAGAUAAAAAGAAAACCGAAACAAAAGAUAUAUUUGAAGAAAGGAUAGAAAAGAAGAAACAGCGUGCUACAAUGUAUGGAAAAUAUCUUCAGAGAGGCGGCGCCAGAAAUCCUGGCUCAAAAGAGAUUCCUGUUGGGGCUAAGAACUGUUUAGCUGGAGUGAGUUUCUUAAUUACUGGUGUUUUGGAUUCCUUAGAAAGAGAGGAAGCUGAAGAUUUAAUACGGAGUUAUGGUGGCCGAACUGUGAACGCUGUAUCAGGCAAAGUAAAUUAUAUUAUAGUAGGAGAUGAGGCUGGUCCAGCUAAAUUGACAAAAGCCAAUAGUUUAGGCAUCAAACAAAUAUCAGAGGAUGAUUUGCUAGAAAUGAUUUGUACAAGAUCGGAAGGUAAGCCUAAAGACAUCAAGCCAGCUACAAUAAGAAAGACAAUUUCGAAUAAAUCUGAAAGCGAUAAAUCAUCAUCAGCGAAGAAAGAAAAAGCACCAUCACCGAAGAAAGAAGAAAUAUUAUCACUGAAGAAAGAAAAAUCAUCAGAUUUUUAUCAAAAGGUAAAAACGCCAUCAUCUUCACCGAUGAAAGUAAAGACAUCCUCACCAAUAUCAAAACAGAUUUCCAAUAUAAGCAAUGAUAUACAGGAGAUUACAAACAUUGGAUCAGAACCGUUGGUUGAGAAAUAUAGACCUAAAAUGAUGAAACAGAUUAUAGGUCAACAAGGAGAUAAAAGCUGCGCGCACAAUUUGUAUGUAUGGCUGCGCGAUUGGCAUAAAAAUCGCCAAGAUCCCAAAUUCAAAAAUGGCAUCGGCAAGCAGACACAUGGACAAAAUUUCAAAGCUGCAUUGCUGUCCGGUCCGCCAGGAGUCGGUAAAACGACAACCGUACAUGUUGUUUGUAAGGACUUAGAAUACGAUCUUGUAGAAUUUAAUGCUUCUGAUACGAGAAAUAAGAUGCUUCUAAAAGAAGAAAUCUCAGGAUUAUUAUCCAAUACUACAAUGAAGGAUUACGUCACAGGUGCCAAACAAAAAAUUACAAGCAAGCAUGUGUUAUUGAUGGAUGAAGUCGAUGGUAUGGCUGGCAACGAAGAUCGUGGUGGCUUACAGGAAUUAGUUAGUUUAAUCAAACAUACUGAAGUACCAAUUAUCUGUAUAUGCAAUGAUCGAUUUAACACAAAAGUGAAAACCAUUUCUACGCACAGUUAUGAUCUGAAAUUUUCAAAACUCAGAGUGGAACAGAUCAGGAGCUCCAUGAAAUCUCUAUGCUUUAAAGAAAAUAUCAAAAUCUCAACGGAAGAUCUUGAUUGUUUAAUCGAGUCGACGAAUUAUGAUAUUCGACAAGUAAUAAAUCAUCUAGAAUUUCUUAGAAGUCAAACAGCUCACGUGGAAGCGGAUGGCAAAAAACAUUCAAACAAGAAUUUCAAACUCGGUCCAUUUGAUGUCGCAAAAAUAGCAUUCAACGCGGAAGAGCAAAAGACUAUGAAUUUGAACGAUAGAAUUGGUUUAUAUUUCCACGACUACAAUAUAGCGCCUCUUUUUAUACAAGAAAAUUAUCUAGGAGUCAGAUCUCAAAUGCCACCUCGUCAGAGGCUAGAAAGAAUUGCCAAUGCGGCCGACAGUAUAUCUCAGGGAGAUCUCAUCGAGAAGGUAAUGAGAGGCAAUAUGAUGUGGAGUCUGCUUCCGUUACAUGCUUGUUUCUCAUUUAUUAUACCAACGAGCGAAAUGUCGGGAAGUCUUGAUACGUUGAUACGAUUUCCUAAUUGGUUUGGGCGAAAUUCAAAGGCAAUGAGAUUUAAUCGAUUAAUGCAAGAAUUAACGGUGCAUACGCGAUUAGCCACGGGUGCGAGCAAGGACGCCCUCAAUCUGGAUUAUUUGGUCCACAUUCGAAACGCUAUUAUAAAACCUCUAAUAGAAAAUGGUGUAGAUGGCAUAGAAGCAGCAUUAAAUAUUAUGGGAAAAUAUCAUUUAACCAGAGAGGAUUUGGAUUCAGCGAUAGAGAUUUCUCUUUGGCCAGGAAUUCACGAUCUUACGAAUAAGCUUGAUAGUAAAGUGAAAACAGCGUUUACGAGGGCAUAUCAAAAGAAUCCUUCUAUGCUGCCGUACAUAAUUAACAAUACUGCUACUGGGAAGAAAAGAUCUAUGCAGGAUAAUGAUAUUAUAGAAGAGGAAGAUGAUGAAGAAGAAUCUAACGAUAUUGAUUCCGAUAAAAUGAUCAAGGCAAAGAAACCUACCACUGCUAGUAAUAGUAAAACUGCUGUGCCGACGAAAAGAGGUGGUGAACCUGCUAAGAAACGUGGAAGAGGACGCGGUAAAGCAAAAUAGAAGACAAUAUGAAGGAUGGAAUGCACAUUUUAUUUAGAAAACUUGAGACAAAAUUAAUUAUAAACAUUAUAAACGUUUGUUUACCGCUUGAUUGAAUUGUUCAAAAUAGCGUUUUAUGAUCGUGAAAUGAUAUUUAUAUAUAUUGCUUGCUAGAUUUAUUGCAUCAAAACGCAAUGACUUGGCGUUUAUGUUUCAAAAAAAAAAAUACAUAUAUUUUCUAUUCUUUC